CGGACUUGGGCGUUGUACUCCGCAUCUCAUUUGCGGCGGGGCCAAUUUCUCCAUCUCCAAACUCCGCUCGAGAAAAAAAUUGAAACAAUUCACGUGUUUUCUCAUCUUAAGCUCAUUUUUUAACGCGCGUAUUAGUUUCUCCGCGAGACUUUCGACUCCGAGCGGGUUUUUCUGCUUCAGACGCACCGGGAGGCGUCAGCGUUCCUCGAUUUUUUGGGGGGAGGAAGUCUGCGGUCUUUGUUCAUUCAUUUGAUCGGUUGGGCUCCUUUGUUGGAACAAAAAAAAGCGAGCAUGGGAGCGCAAAUCUCCAAAACCGCUGGAAAAGGGGACGCCGCGGUGGAAAAGCCGGCGGAAGGCGUGGACGUUGCAGCCAAGACAAACGGACAGGAAAAUGGUCACGCCAAGAGCAACGGAGAUGCCUCUCCUGCUACAGAGGAAGCCAACAAAGCUGAUGUGCAGGCUAAUGGUAGCACUCCUACAGAGGAGGUGCCAAAAGAAGAUGGAGAGAAAGUAGAGGGCGCUGAAGCCGGCGGAGAAAAGGAGGCAGGUGCCACAAACGGAGAAGCUUCCGCCAAGCCGGAGGAAGGCACUCCAUCCACCAGCGAGGAUGGCAAGCAGAAGAAGAAGCGGUUCUCCUUCAAAAAGCCUUCCUUUAAGCUCAGCGGCUUCUCCUUCAAAAAGACCAAGAAGGAGUCUGAGGAGGCGACAGAGGAGGCGGCGGCAAAGCCAGCCGAAGGAGAGAAGUCAGAGGAGGCUGCCACCGAGGAGGCCAAGCCAAGCGAGGGUGGUGAAGAGGGUGCCAAGGAGGCUGCUGCUCCCGAAGAGUCAAAGGCGGAGGAGGUGAAGGGAGAAGAAGCUGCAGGAGGAGAAGAGAAACCAGCUGAAGCUUCAGCUACUGAGCCAGAAACAGCUGCCAGUCCAGAGGCUACGGCAGCUGCUGAGUAAUCCUGCUGAACGAGAUCCCGGAAUGAAGGAAAAGUUGUAGCUCCUUUUGAAGAAAUGCGAGAACUUGUCUAAAACCAGGGAUUUUUUUUUCUUCUUUGUUUACUACUUCUGCAACCAUCUCAUCCCUAAUGAUUGCAAUGUCCCUGGCAGUGAUGGACAGGAGGUGCAGUAGU